GAACGCGACCUGUGCUUCUCGAACCAGCAGCACUCUGAGUGGGUGGAAACGACUCUGACUUGACACUAUACUAUUUGCAAGAAACAACAAAUCGAGGAGCUUGCGGCGGAAAUGGACUCACUCAGGACCGAGCGCAUCCACGCCAUGGAGGAGCUAGAAAACAGCAACAGCGAACUCAGGCAUCAAAUCGAGCUGCUCCACAAGGAUCUUGCGGCCGGCAAAGCAAAGGAAAAGGCCCUCAAACAAGCCAUCAUGAAGUUUCGAAAUGCCAUGCCACAAGCCCCCGAAGUUCACAAAGCCGUCGCAAGGAGCAGAGAGUCCAGGUCCUCGCAUGAAGCGGAUGGUCCCGAUCCGCUGAAAUCCAAGAUGAUGACCCUUGAGACCAAGAUCGGCAGGAUGGCCAGGGCGGCCGAAGAACACCACCGGCAGCAAACUGAGCACGAGAUGGAGCUCAAGGUGAAGAGCUGCGAAAUCGCGAAAAAGGCACAGGAUAUCGCUAGACUCCAAGACGAAGUCAAAAAGUCCAAGAAACUGACCGCCGAUCUGGAGGCGCGCCUCAAGAAGGCAGAGGAUUCCCAGCGACUCCUCCAGAGCGAGUUAAAUGUGGCGAAAUCCAACGGGGCGUUGUCACUGGCGAGCACAGCCAACAUAGCCGCCAACAAUGAUACAACACCAGCCGUGAGUCAGAUGUCUAUAUAUCAAGGUAGCCGUCGAUCGAACAGCGGUUUGGAUGAUACACUGGGAUCUGGGCAGCAUGCCACUCAUCUCCCAGCGCUGUGGCUCGCAUCACACAAAUGCCUCCCAUCCCAGAUCGCGGCGAGCCAGAGAAAAAGCUCAAGCGCCAAGUUGAGUCGCUCAAGGCCAAGUUGGCCAGCAAGGUAUUGUCAGAGGCAAUGCCAUUGAUUGAUCGAGUGUCCGACAACGGCUGACCCAGAUGGUCAUGCAGGAGAACGAGGCCAAGGAUCUUGUCGGUCAAGUCGGCCAGCUGAAGGACGGCCUCACAAGAGUAGAGCGGGAGCAUGCCAAACUGCUCCAGAAGUUGCAAAACUCAACCAGCGGGAAGGCUCACAGCGCCACGAAGGAGGCUCAGGGACGGGACAAGAAUCGGGAUCCCUUGCAGAGUCUUGCAGAGGAGGAGUACGAGUACAC